GACGCGUCUCAGGGCGAGUUUCGCGUCCUCCAGCAAACCAGCUUUUGCUUGCUGAGACAAUCCAAACCUAACAACAAGUCCCUGGGCUUAUCGGAACGGCUGUACAAUGGCUCAAACCGAAUCUUCAUCAAGUGCUGCUCGCGAUGGCCUCAAGCCCGUCACAGCGGGGGCACCCCCUGAUUAUGAGCUGCCAUGGGUUGAAAAGUACCGUCCGGUUUUUCUCGAUGAUGUUGUUGGCAACACCGAAACCAUUGAACGACUGAAGAUUGUCGCGAAGGAUGGCAAUAUGCCACACGUCAUUAUCUCAGGCAUGCCGGGUAUCGGAAAGACCACUUCUAUUCUAUGUCUAGCACGCCAAUUACUAGGUGAUGCGUAUAAGGAAGCCGUUUUGGAACUGAAUGCUAGUGAUGAGAGAGGUAUUGAUGUCGUUCGGAAUCGAAUCAAGGGAUUUGCCCAGAAGAAAGUCACACUGCCACCAGGUCGUCAUAAGAUAGUAAUCCUUGAUGAAGCAGACAGUAUGACGCCAGGUGCUCAGCAGGCGUUGCGGCGCACUAUGGAGAUCUACUCUUCUACCACGCGAUUUGCCUUUGCCUGUAACCAAUCGAAUAAAAUCAUAGAACCCAUCCAGUCUCGAUGCGCCAUUCUCCGCUAUGCUAGGUUGACCGAUGGGCAGGUUGUCAAACGGCUAAAACAGGUCUGCGAGGCCGAAAAAGUGGAACACACAGAAGACGGAAUUGCGGCCUUGGUGUUUAGCGCGGAAGGAGACAUGCGCCAGGCCAUUAACAAUUUGCAAAGUACGUGGUCAGGCUUCGGCUUUGUCAGCGGUGAUAACGUCUUUCGAGUUGUCGACAGUCCCCAUCCUAUCAAAGUUCAAGCAAUGGUUAAGGCCUGCUGGGAAGGGAAAGUAGAUGUUGCCUUAGAAACACUAAACGAGCUAUGGGACCUCGGUUACUCUUCCCAUGACAUUAUUAGCACAUUGUUCCGAGUCACGAAGACGAUCCCGACAUUAUCGGAACACUCUAAACUAGAAUUCAUCCGGGAGAUAGGCUUUACACACAUGCGCAUCCUAGACGGUGUUCAAUCAUUGCUCCAAUUGAGUGGCUGUAUCGCGAAGCUUUGCAAGAUCAACAUGAAACCUCAGCUAUUUGAGACACCAAGAACGUGAUCAGACUGGAAGAAAGGGAACCCGGCAUUUUACGGUGUUUAUAGGCGUUGAAUCAAUGAUGUUUGAUCUACACAUAGGCAUCUUAUAAUAAGCGGCCCCCUCCCCCCAAUUGCAUAAAAUUCAAUCAUUCAUUUGGCCCUCGGCCGUAUCUGGAAUUAAAA